AUGAUAUACAUACCGAUACAAUUAUUAUGGUUAACUUAUGGAAAUUAUUUAUCUUUUCUUAAUCGAUUUAGUCAAGGCAUUGUUUACUUUAAAUAUUUACUUGACAAGCUUCCAAAAGAAGAUGCUUAUUGUGCAUCUAUUCAUAACAAUAUGGGAUUGAUGUAUACUAAAAAAUAUGAAGAAAAUAAAGACAAUUAUCAACGUGACGAAGAGGAAGAAAAUUACUACAAGAAAGCAAUCGAGGCAUAUGAAAAAGCCUUAAAAUAUGUCAAACAGAUCAAUUCUAGCUCAGUUAAUGAUGAAAGUAAAGAUCAAUCAUACGAUCAACUCUCAACAAUUGGUGUAAUGCCAUCAGAUACCAGCAUUGACCGUUCCAAAGCACUGGGAACAUUGCAAACAUACAUCAUCAAAGACAUAAAUAUGAAUUAG